AUGCACUUGAUAUACACCAUUAUCAUAUUCUGUCUGUUACCGUACAUAGAAAACGCUGUGGACAUCGUAUUUCUUAUCGGCACGUAUGUGCUCAGGGUGAUAGCCAUUCUGCUAUUUCUGACGUACGAAAGUGCGCAAAUAUCAUCACUACGUAUCCUGCACCUGGUGAUCAAAUGCACAGACAUCGUAAUCAUUGUUGCAAGAAUUGUACGUGCACCUAUCAUAGGGUUCACUGAUGCGAAACGGUAUGUGAUCACGCUGUCCUUUGAUCUGGUUAUCAACGUUGGACUGGCCAUCCUAUUGUACCGUGGUAUGCAAUCGUUCAAUAUCAAGUUGAGCGAGGAAAUAAAGAAACUGGAGAGGAGCAAUUUAGUAAAAUUACCCUGA